AUCACACAUUAUUGGAGCUACCGAAAAACACAAAGAAAACAACAGAUAAACAGAAUGAAUCUUCUACUUCCGAUGGUUGCUUUGGGGCUUGCAGGAGCGUCUCCCCUGGAGGACUACAAGGUGUGCCAGCCUCAUUCCAAACCCUGGCAGGUUUAUCUGCAUGGUGGAGGAGUAUCCUGCAGCGGAGCUCUCAUUGACCAAUGGUGGAUUGUAACCUCCUCUGAGUGCACACCUAGCUCCUACAGCACCAUUGCAUCCCUCGGAGAACACGACGUGACGGCGGAGGAGGGCACCGAGCAGCACGUUCCUGUCGCUGACGUGAUCCGUCACAGCCCUUACCGCUCGCCCCUGCACAGCCUCAUGAUGGUCCGUCUGGCCAGGCCAGCCCACUUCAACCAGUACGUCCAGCCCAUCCCUCUGCCCAGUCGCUGUCCACAGCCUGGAGAGACCUGCUACGUCAGUGGCUGGGGCUCCACCAUCCCAAACCAAUAUGAGCCUCCUCAACGUCUCAAGUGUAUAACUGUGCCUGUUGUGGAUGACCAGACUUGUAUGAACACAUUCCCGGAGUUCCUGUUCUGGAGCCUGGGCAUGGUCUGCGCUGGUCAAGUAAACACAGAUAACUGCUUGAAUAAUGGUGGCAGUGUGAUGGUGUGCGAUGGCCAGCUGCAGGGUGUGCAAUGGUUCAGAAAUGGCUGCAGCAACCCAGCUCACCCCACUGUCUACACCAAGCUGUGCAAGUACAAUAACUGGAUCAACAAUGUAAUGGACCGUUAUGCUUCCAUUCUGCCAACUGAAACCACUCCAAGGAUGAUGACAUGAGGCACCACAGAGACACAUUUAUUCACAGAUUAAAUGUAAACAUUAUUAUUAACUUGGCUCCCGGCCACUUUUCAGGCCUGGUUUAGUGGCUGAACGUAUAGUUUAUGGGUUGCUCUUUCAGUCAAUUAAGCAAGACACAGUAUUACACUUAGUGGAAGUUUUACUCUAGAUAACAAUAACUGACAUA